UUCCGGAAAGUAUUGAAUAUGACCCAUACACGGUAACGCUUUAUCGACAGGCAUUACAAGAAGGAACAGAAAAGGAUUAUUCAAUAAGAAUAAAUGUUGUCGGUAACUUUGCGCAAGGAAAAACAUCCUUAGUUCGACGUUUAGUUGGACAAAAUGUUCAAGAUGUUGAAAGUACAAAUGGAAUCGACGUCCAACAAUACAUGUGUAAAAGAAAUACUGAUGGCAAUAUUUCCUACACACAGAGCGAUCUUAGUGACAAUACCGACAUCAUAUCAAGAUUAGCUAAACUAGCGCGGGAACAUAAAUGUAGUACAAAGGAGUUAGACAGUUCUUCCAGCUCAAAGGCGGAAUUGCUGUCCAAAAAGACGGGUUCUGAAUUGAAACCAGAUAUACAGAUCAAUAAACCAGCCAAACAGCUGCCAGCUAUAACGAAACAGAAACCUAACAAGUUGCUGUUUGGCAGAAAAAAGGGAGACACUAACUUGUUAUGUGAACCUCGAAAAAAGAUUUCUCCUGAAAUUCUUCAAACCUUAGAUAGCAAACAAUCGAUUAAAAAAGAAUCGGUUUUAUCAGAUGAGGAAAUAUGCAAACUGGAGGCAGACCUUAAAUCAGUCGGACCGGAAGAGACACCAUUAACAUAUGAUUUUUGGGACUUUGGUGGACAGUAUAUAUUUUAUGCUACUCACACGCUGUUUCAUAGCCGUAGAGCUAUAUAUCUCCUUGUGUUUGAUUUGUCAGUAUGUUUAGAUGAUGUUGUAAGGGACGAAGAAUUUCCAGCAGAAACAGGAGAUAAAAAUAUGGAAUAUUUCAUACGAUUUUGGAUGAAUUCAAUACAUUCCUUUGUUGGUUCAGAUGAUAGCAAAGAUCCUCCGGUUAUACUUGUGGGAACGCACAAAGACAAAUUACCCGGAGACGAUGAAAACAAAGCAAGGCUUGCAGAACAGUAUUUCGAAAACGUUCGGCGUCUCUUCGAUGAUACGCAAGUGAUUUUGCAUAUACAGCCAGAGGACUUUUCUGUUGACAAUACUGAUCAGGAUGAUCAGGAAAUCAAGAACCUGCGGCUUUUACUGUCAGGCAUUGGGAAGGACAGAGCAAAGGAAUAUGAAAUUCCUGCUAAAUGGCUUGCAUUAGAGAAGGCAUUAAGGAAUAUUAGGAACAGGAAAAUAGUUUCCAUAGAAACAAUCAUGGAUAUUGAUAAAACAAACGAAAUAUCACUGAAAGAUGAAAAGCAAAUAAAACUUUUUCUGCAAUACUACCAUGCUAAAGGUACACUCGUAUACUUCGAUGAAAAACCAAUAUCUGACUUUGUAGUACUGGACACACAGUACCUCAUCGAUGCGUUCAAAUGUAUCAUUACUUCUGAAAGAUUUUGCAGAAAUCAUCCUGAAAUCCGUUCGCUCUGGCAAAAAUUGAUCAGGGAUGCCACACUUCAAACAGAUUUGAUAGAUGAAGUCUGGAAAAGUGAUAAGGAAAAUGAUUUCAUGGGUCAUAAAGAUGUUUUGCUGCAGUGCUUGCAGAAACAUCAUAUCAUUUCAGAGGUGAUGGACUUUGAUGAAACAAACCAGCGGACAAACGGCCUUGGUUGGUAUGUAGUCCCAAGUUUGCUGAAGACCCAUAUUUCACCAGAAGACAGAAAAAAGCUUUUAGAAAAUAGAAACCAAACGUCCGUUCGCUUUGUAAUGAUGUUCCAAGAUUCUGCCGUUGUACAUACCGUACACAAUCGGUUAUUAGCUGCAUCCUUAGGGAAAUGGUCUGUUGUCCGUUUACAUAAGAUCGAAAAUGAGUCUCUACUUUUUGAGGAUUUAGGAGUCUUUCGACUUGAUAUCAGUCACGCGGCAAUCAUUGAAAGCAGAAAUGCAAAUAUAGAAUUGACUGUACUAAAUCUAUGUCCCUCAUCAACGGUUGAUUCAGAAAUUACAGACUAUUUUCGGCGCUUUUCAGAAUUAGUUGUAGGAAACGAAUUUAGAAAAUUACGAGGUCAGCCAGCCUUUAAGAAGCUAGCGUACACACGUGUAUACAGGUGUAAUCAUGAAAGUCAUGGUCUUGGAGGGAGUAAAGAUACAAAUGAUUUUACAGAACUUGAUAACAGAAAGUCAGUGCCUUGUCCUGAUCUGUUUACCCAUGAGAUAUUUGCCGAGAAAGCAAAAUGCCAGUGGUAUCUACAUAGAAAUGCAUACUUGAAAAUCAAUACACAGGAGGUGACAGAAAAGCAGCUGAGUAGGGUUGCAAAGGCAGUUGGUAGAGACUGGGAGCUUCUUGGACUUGCACUAGGUCUUGCAAAGGUACAAAUUGACCACAUUUCGUUUGAUAACCAAACCACAGUGAUGAAGAUCUUCUCAAUGUUAAUGAUAUGGAAGAAAAUGAAAGCGUCUAAUGCAAGAAUGGAUACUCUGAUUCAUGUCAUGCAAGACUGCAAACAUGUUGAAAUCAACUGGGACGAAAUAAGAAAUAUCAAUGACGGAUUAUUAUAGACUAAAAAGACAUAUGUGUGUAAUAAUAAAACAUGGGAUUCUGUUUGAAUGAGCUGUUGUUUCAUCAACGUUUGAUGAAAAACAUUUUCCUUGUUUUUUUGCGAAUCAGUCUUGACGCCCACAUUUGAAGAUACAGAACGGAUGAUUGUACAAGAACUGCAUUGCAAAAUACGGAGGGCUGUCUCUUUUAUCAGUCAUUUUCUAUCAUUACCAAGCAACAGCGUGAGCUAUAUAAGAUGACAUCAACAGAUUAACAGGAAGAAAUUUGAUCCAUACAGUUGUCAAAUGUUCUAAAUAUACGCAUCAGACCUUGAAUAAAUCAAGUAUAUGAUUAUCUAAAUUCAAAGAUAUUUUCAUAUAUCACACGGUAUACAUGUAUUUAUAUUCGUUCGUAUUCAAUUCUUCUGUUUUCUGUGUACAAUUUUAAGUAACAUAGUUAUUAUAUAGGGCCUAACGGUUCUUUGUAGUCAUUCGAGGUUUUGACAGACUACGUAUAAGACAUAUCAAUCCGGCCAUACACCCUUUGUAGUUUGGCUUAUCAGUUCAUAUUUUAAUUUUACUUUUUCUUUUGCAGACUGGGGAUAUUUUGUUGCCUUUUUAUGUUUAAAAGCGAAAAAGAGGUGUGCUUUGCUCAGAAACUCUUCACAGUGAUUGUAUAACGUAAAACUUUGACAGUCCUGAAAGCAUGGAAUAGUUCCGGACACUUUAAUUAAUUAGAAUAUCAGUAAUUUCAAGUGUAUUAUGUUAGAAACCGUGAAUGUCCCCAAUCUUCAAGGGGCUAUUUUUUGUGGAGCUAUUCUUGUGUGAUAGAAUUUACUAAAAUAAUGAUUUAUCAUGAACUGUUUAUGAAAUACAGAGCGUAGUCUGUCAUGUCACUUCUAUAUUGUGUUGAGUUUUUCUUUCUAGCAGAAUCCGAUAGUAAACAUAUCAGAUUAUUUACGUUAGGCAGAACUCAGUGAA